AAAAUUACUUGCAAAAAAAGUGCAGGCCCGUCACAUGCCCGGUUGUGAAAUCGCGUGUUUUAACGGACCUGGCAACCCCCGUACCAGUCAAGCCACACGACGCAGACUCAAAAACAAUGGCGGACGAAGUUGAGCAGCAACCGAGUACCAACACGGUUGAGGAGCCACUCGAUUUGAUCCGACUCAGUCUAGAUGAGAGGAUCUACGUCAAGAUGAGGAAUGACCGGGAGCUCCGUGGCCGACUGCAUGCCUACGAUCAGCACCUGAACAUGAUCCUGGGUGACGUGGAGGAGACGGUGACGACGGUGGAGAUCGAUGAGGAGACUUACGAGGAACUAUACAAGUCAACCAAGAGGAACAUCCCCAUGCUGUUUGUCAGAGGAGAUGGCGUGGUCCUCGUAGCUCCGCCCCUCCGGGUGGGCUAACCCUGACCACGUCCUGGUGUCGAGGAGCGUUGUGACAGCUGGGACUUCCUUUUGUCUGGCUGCAAGGAUUUAAACCAUGUUUUGACUCAAGACCAGAAAGAGUACUAUGUUGUGGACAAAGAGGGCCUAUUUUUUUUUUAUUUAGGCAAAUUAUUACCAAAUAGAUUUUGCCGAUAUGGGGGAUUUCAGGCGACCGAGAUAUUUCAUUUGGUUUCCGUCAGUAGAGCAACUAAUACAUCCCUGCUGGUUAAUUUGUAAACCAGAAACAUGUAAUAUUAUUUUGAAUCACUGGAAUUACCCAUGUCCCCAGUCUUUACGAGUAGAAGGCCCAGCUUCAAAUGUCUCAUCAUGGUUUUAAGAAGCUGAACUGCUUCAGACGUGUGUGUCAACUGGUUUUGGCUUGAUUUGUUGAGUAAAAUGUAUUACCAGACAACAGACUGAGCACAGGGUUUUUAAGUGGUUUUUGAUUUUUAAAUUUCUCAAGUGAAAUUUAUGUUGGUUCUAGGCAAAGGUCUUGCACUUACUCCAAACCCACAAUCUGUGAAUAUUUGGGAAGUUUGUUUCUUUGGGACGGUUUUAGUUCGUUUUUUUAUACAUAUUAUUUUUGUAAUGUUUGUGGGAUGUGGGAGUACAUCAUGCUCAGAUGUGUAAAGAUUUGGUUUUGGUAACUUGAAUAAAAAGGUAACUUGAA